AUGGAAUUAUUGUUAACUGCGAAAGUUGAAGAAGUAGAUUUGAUAUUUAAUGAAUUAUUUAUGUCCGAUAAAAAUCUUACAGAUUGGGUUCAAUAUUAUAAAAAGCAUUAUAUUAUCGCAUCACUUAAUCCGAAUAUUUCAAAGAUUCCAAAUAAUUUGUGGUAUGCAGCCCCUAAUAAUACAAAUUGUGCAAAAGCAGCACACGCUAUGAGUAAUCAAGAAGGCAAGCAACUUAAAUUAAUGACUGCGAUAUUAAGGUUUGCUUCUAAACGACAAUCUAAAGCCUGCUCUUCAACGAAAAAACAAAAUAAAAAACGGCAAAUAUCACAAGUAAUCGAUUUAACUGUUGAUAUAUUUCAAGAAUCUCAAAAAAUAAACUUAGAUAAUAAUGAAUCUAAAGAAUCUGACAUGACUAUGCUGGAAAAAUUAGAAUAUGAGGAGCGGUUGCUGAUGAUUGCGGAAUGCAAAGAAAAAUUAAGAGCGAAUUUCUAA